AUACAACUUGGUCGCUUUCUUCCUAUACUUGUAAUAUGUAUGUUUCUUAUUUUACUGCAUUAAGUUGGUCAGUUGGCUAGUGGGUUUCCAAACGCCGCGCCGAGCGCUCGUCAGAAAAAAAAAGAUUAAAAAAAAUAAUUAAAAAAAAUGCCUAGACUUAGGCAUCGGUAUGUGUAGUAGUUUUUGUUUUUAAUUUGCGCGGGAUUUAAACGUCACCAUGACAGUUGGGGAGUGUGUUUUUCGUGUGAAAUGUUUGGUGGUUUUAGUGAUAUUUUUGGACAUUUUUGGCUGCGGAGCUAUUGAAUAUGAUAGAGAUUCUAGAAAAUUAUUCGGCGGGUACCGGAUAACGCCGACGUACUGCAAGGCGUCAAGAGCAGCAAAAUACAACCGAGGGAACACGAUAUGCAUGUUCAACCAUGAGUGCCAACAGAGAGGGGGCGAGGUAGUCGGCGCAUGUAUGGACGGCUUUCUCUUCGGCGCCUGCUGCCAGCUCAAGUCCGACAGCCAAUCCCACAUCCCCAAGGGCCCUGGCGUCGUCAUGACCAGCUACCUUGACUAUCCUGAGGCAGAGACCGAAAGCGAUGACUAUGACUCCGAGGCCCUUAACGCCUGGCACAACAGCUUCAAACCUAUAGUCACACCUGGUUACAGACCUGGAGAGAAACCCUCAUCAUCUACCGUCAAAACUGUCGAUGACAGCACUGAGAAGGAAAUUAUAUCUGAAGGUCUAAGUCAAAUAACUGAUUCACUGUUACACGCUCCUCCUAAAGAAGAUAAUUUCGUUUACAUCAAACCAGCUAAACCUGAUGGACUGUAUACACAUAGUUCUAUUGAUCAUGGAACUGUAGAUACAGUUCUGUUGCAUAAAAAUGGUUCAGCAGUGGAUAACGUAGCGAGACCUUCAGAUUUUAACAUACAAGUAUCUUCAAUGCAGACGAAACCGACUCCACCGCCGAGUACAACAACAACUACACCCAAAACUGUCUCCACACACAGACCAAUAUACACAAAACCUGUCUUCAGACCUAAGAAUAAGACUACAACGAAAAAUCCAGAAAACUAUGUCCAAGUUUCAACUGUGACUAAAGAGCCGCAGAAGAUUACUGAAACUUCGAUCAAUAGUAUCAUUCAAAUGCUAAACGAAAGUACUCCUAGUUUGAAGGAUGAAGUUACAUCGCCAAUACCUGAUAUUGCUGAAACAAAGUCAUCACCAUCACCUUCCACUGCUACUGUCUCUCCAGUGCAAUACAGCAGUACAUAUCCAAAUUAUUACUUAUCUACAGGUCACUAUGUAACUCUUAAACCUUCAUCAUUUGGAAGUACUGUAUUCUCAACAACUACAACCAAGCGACCGACAACUACCAAACGACCUGUCUUAAUUACCAAAAAACCUAUAAAGUACACGACACCGAAUUCGAUACCUCAGGAAAGCAGGCCGUCUAGCAAACCUUAUUCGUCACCGAAACCUAGUCCAUCUACUAGUCAGGCCAUAGGCGCAUUUAACCGGUAUCCGACGAACCCUAGCGAUUUCGGUGACUCAGUAACCACUUUCAGCUACGUCAGCUCAACUACAACUCCUCAACCUUCAUUCCAUACCAGCACGACUAGACGCCCGCCUUCUACCAGCUAUGUUACUGGUGCUAAACCUGCCAGAAGACCACCAUCAGUUACAUCACCAUCAAGCAUAAUAUCCAGCUAUGACGUAGCACCUGAAACCUUCUCAAGCGUGACACCUACUGUUAUAGUUCUAAACGGCUUCCAAACUACAAAACCCGUUGAAGACAAAGAGCCAGAAUUCGUUGAGAUAUCUCAGGAGCCUUUUAAGAAACCAGUGAGCCAGAUCACAGUGAAUAACCAUAUAGAAUCGACUAACAAUAUCUACAUGGGUAAACCUCCACAGUCCUAUGAAAGGCCUUCAUCUCCAACAGUGGUUAUUACUCCAAAGCCAUCCCCAACAACACCUUACCCUAUCAAAUCAUCUACUAGACCUGUUUCUGUAGUCAUUUCUACCAGUCCGACCUUCGAUUCUUACACGGAAUACUUCUCAGCUACAACUUUAAGACCUGAAACGCAGACGUCAUCGGAUGAUUUGAUUAAUUUCCCUCCAGUUAGAAACCCGAUGCUCAAUGCUACAGGGUCAAAUCCAGGACUAUACAACACAAGCAUAUCUCUAUCUGACAACGAGCUUGAAACCCUUCAUGAUAUAGACUUCACCACACCAACAUGGCAAGAGGAUGAAAAACUAAACGAAAAGAUGAAUCUCUUCGUCAACAAAAUAGUCGGUAGUCUCCAGGGCACAUUCCAAGAACUUCACGACAUAGUGAUUCUUGAUAAAAAGCCGAACGCGACGAUCAUCAACACAAAAACGACGACAGCAAAGCCUAGUAAAAAGCCGGUGACGACGCGAAAGCCUGUCGCGACGACGCGGAAGCCGGUUCGGCUGACAACGACUACUAGAAGGCCAAUCGUUAAGACGACGAAGAAGCCGACGAAGCUGACGACGGCUGCGCGACGACCGACCACGACCACGGCGCCGCCUACCACUACUGUUAUUACGACGACUUCUAAGAAACCAGUGACCAGAAAACCCACAAAGCCCGUCACGAAGCCCCCAAAGCCAGCAAAAACCACCACCAUCGCUCCCACCACCACGGUCACCACCGAGGCGGUGGAUGAGGUCACCACUGAGCCUUACGCUGACCAGACCAUUGAUUAUAAUGACAAGAACUUAUGCGGCGUCCGACCCCUGAUCAAGUCCGGGCGCAUAGUCGGCGGUAAGAACGCUCACCAGGGCGAGUGGCCUUGGCAAGUGCUGGUGCGAGAAUCCACCUGGCUCGGACUCUUCACUAAGAACAAGUGUGGAGGGGUGCUGAUUACUUCCAGAUUCGUUACGACUGCUGCUCAUUGCCAGCCUGGAUUCCUAGCAUCCCUGGUAGCAGUAUUCGGAGAGAAUGACAUCUCUCUAGACCUGGAGCCCCGUAAGCCAGUCUCCAGAAACGUGCGGCGCGUCAUCGUCCACAGGCAGUACGAUGCUGCCACGUUCGAGAAUGAUCUGGCGUUACUCGAGUUGGAAUCGCCUAUUAAAUUCGAUGCUCACAUUGUGCCCAUCUGCAUGCCGCCAGACGAGAGUGACUUCACUGGCCGCAUGGCGACGGUGACGGGCUGGGGCCGCCUCAAGUAUGGCGGAGCCGUGCCAGCUGUGUUACAAGAAGUACAGGUACCAGUGAUAGAAAACAAUGUGUGCCAAGAGAUGUUCCAGACGGCAGGACACUCGAAGAAGAUCCUCAGCUCCUUCCUCUGCGCAGGAUACGCCAACGGACAGAAGGAUUCUUGUGAAGGUGACAGCGGAGGGCCUCUCGUCCUCCAACGCGGCGAUGGCCGCUGGCAGCUAGUCGGCACCGUCUCCCACGGCAUCAAGUGCGCGGCGCCAUACCUCCCCGGGGUGUACAUGCGGACGACCUUCUACAAGCCUUGGCUGCGAAGCAUCACCGGAGUGCAUUGA